AUGGUGAUCCAGUGGAAGCGGUUUUGGCAACCGAUUUACCUACUGUUAGUUUUUAAAACAAUUACCGUGACUAGUGCUAAUAGUUUAGAGGAUUUGUACGAACAAAAACUCGCUCACCGCCCUGAACCUGCUGAUGAUGAAUUUGAGUCACUAAAAGAAAUCUAUCGACAAAACUUGAUACAAGACUAUGCGGAAAGUAUUGCCAACCGACGAGUUGAGUUUGAACAAAUCCUAGAACAAAGAAUACAAAGCUUCCUUCGUGAAAGUACAGCACACAAACAGGCCGAUGGGAAAAGAAUGCGCCGUGAUGCGACCGACGCUGAUGCGGCCAUCGAAGCGGACACUGCAGAAGCACGACAGCUUUAUCUGAAAGGAUUUCGGGAACGGGGUCAAGUGCCGGUAAAUUUCCCGAUUGACAUUUGUUUGCUUCGGGUCGGAAAAUCUAUCUUUGCUGCGGCCCUUCACCAAAGCGAAACUAGCAAUCGGACGAUGAAUGCCACAGCUGUAUCGUUUUAUCGAAGGGUGAAAGGUAAAUUUGAAAAAUACCACGAACAUCAAACCGUUACUGCACGUCACUUCGAUUGUGUAUCGAUUGCUCACCUUGGAUUUGUGGCGGUGGUUAAUUAUCACGAUCAGGAGCUAGUCGUGUUCGCGGAAGGAUCGCCCGUCUUUCAGAUCCACGAGGAUGGUAAAACAGAGAUCGUGCAAACCUUUGGCCAGCCAAACCAGAACACAGUACACCUGUGGGUACACGGGAAGCACGUGUAUCUAGCGCACACGUACAUCAAUCUGGACGAUAGCCGAUCAAACGACUGUCCGCUUUACCGGUGGGCUGGCUACUAUUUUGACGUGGUCGAUCAUAUGCCGUGCUACAAUUCGGUCCACAUUGAAGCAUUCUCGAUCGAGCAGCAAAUGUUUGUUGCAGUCGCUAAUCAGAUGUCUCCAGUCCAAGGAAAGGAUACGUUUUCCGAUAUCUUUCUACUGAAUCCGGAUACGCAAAAGCUCGUACUACAUCAGCGGAUCUACAUUUACUCCGUGUCGGAUAUAGCGUACUUUUUCUUCGAAGCACGUGAGCGAAGGGAACAUUUCCUCGUAACUGGCAAUUCACACGAGGUCGACGGUAGUAAGGAUGGUAGUUCUUCCGGCACGAGUGGAAACAGCAGAACGCGCAACGUAGAUCAGAAUUCGAUCGUUUACAAGUUUGUCGAUGGAUAUUUUGUGCCGUUUCAAAAUUUGGAACUUAUCGGUGUGAAAAUGUUCCUUCCGGUUGUGCAUGAAAAUGGAGAGUUUCUUUUGCUCGUUCUCUGUCACGACCAGCCCCUACUGAUCUACGAGUACGAUGGUUGGAAAUUUGUCCCUUCGCGAAUCGAUUACACCGGUGAAGCAUUUGCUGCCGGCGUGUCCCAUAUGCGCGUUUAUCGACACAUUGUAAAUGCAAGCGUAAUUGUAAUUGCCAACAGUAAUUUGUUUGGAAAGUCGAUAAACCUUUUCACCCCACAGUACGGUGUGCAGAACGAUUUGCGACAGGUGUAUGCACACUUCAUUGAAUGGUGUGAACGUAUGCACGAACAGAUAGCGCAGGUUAAUCUGGAGCAGUUGUACAAUCAGCUGAUCAGUUUGCCAGACAAUUCCGCGGAUGGGGCACGCAUCGUUCAGAAGGAUUUAGAAAUGCAAGAUUCGUCGGUAGGAUCGAUAAGUACGAAAUCGAUUCACACUAAACAUCUGCUCGUCGAUGAUGCCAUGCUGUCGUACGUGAUCGAGGUAAACGAGUACGUGCAGCGGGUGAAGGAAAAGAUGGAUUUGGUCGAACAGACGAUCCAUGGCAGUGUGCUAACAAAUGACACCGUGCGUUGGAAUGGUGAUCUGGCCGUUUCGGAGCUUAUAGCUCCGGCCGGCCAGAUGAAGCAGCUCGAUGUGAAGGUGCUGAACAAUGCAGCUCACAAAACACGCCACACGGAAGCUCAGAGAGGCGAUGUGGUCGAGAAUGAUACGAUCGUGGUAGAUCGUCUGAUAGUGGAUCGUAUUAGUGAUGUACAAUUCUUCAACGGCCAUGCAGCAGAAAGUUUACUACUAGUAGACGAUCCACCAGCGAAAUGGAAGGAUUUUUCACUAGCGGCAAAAAAAGUAGUCGUCAGUGGUAAUCUGUUCGUAAACAAGCUGAUCGAUGGUAUAUUCUUUCAUCCGGGCAAUGUACUGUUGCCGAAUGUUAAUCAAAUAUUCAGCGCAAAAAAUUUGAUGGUAAAAGAUUUGAGCGUAAACCGACUGACCAGUAAACGGUUCAACUCUACCGAUACAGUAGCCGUACAGCGAAUGAUGGAUCAAUCCCGCACGUUACUCGCUAAAGCGCGUGGUGCAAUGCCGCAGGAGUAUAGUAGCGAUUUCGAAACCAUCGAUGCGGACCACCUGAAACUAACAGGUCUGUUUAACGAUAUUGAUCCUCGCGUUCUAAGUGAGCAGGUUUUGCACGGACAAGCGCCAGAUCAACAUUUCACUGGCAAAUUAGUUGUAGAACAGAUAAUAGCGCAAAAUGUGGCAAUUGUUGAUACCAAACUGUCCGGGGUGGAAAUCGAAAAUGUUGCUCGUACUACCGGUGAUCAGCAAAUGAUCGUUCAGGAUCUACAGUUUGUGCAACCGAUGCUGGUGGACAGUUUGGUCCUGCAGGAUCGUCUUAAUCAUAUUCCCGUAAUGGAGGGCAAGCUACAGGUGCUACAUCUGACGUCCGACGAAGUACAAUCCAUCACCGGUACGAAAACAUUCGACUACGUUACGCUGCUGAAACCGAUCGAACUGCAGGGUAAAAUCGAUGGAGAAAGCUUAAGUAAAAUGAACCCGAUAAUGACAAUUGGAGACGAUCUUGUACUGAACGGUGACUACACGAUAUACGGCAAUGUAACGUUCAACGGGCCACUGUGGGCGCACAACAUCCUAAGCCCCGGAGGUUUACAUCAUCUACACCGACUAGCAACGCACGGUUUGCUCUUAAACAGGGCGCCUCCUCGCGGCCAGGUGAUUAAAUUUCUGCAGCCCGUUUUUGUAGAACAUCUACAAGCGGAUAACAUUAACGAUCUCAAUGUAAAUGACCUGGUACCCCAAACUGCCGGGGAAGUACAAUAUAUUACCGGCCGAAAGACGUUUGUGGCGGAGCUCAAGAUUGACGGUGUGGCGGACGCGAAUGAGAUCAAUAAAGUCGAUCUUAAUCUACUUAAUCGUACAAUAUUGCGCCGAACUGGUCCAGAGCAAACGGUCGAGGGUACGAUACAUUUUGAUACAAUUAUUGCGCCGAUCGUAAACAGUGCAAAUGUACUGUUCGAAUCGAAACGUAUCGAUCGACUACUACGGUUAGACAUUGCUCAGAAUGUAACCGCACCGGUGCGCUUUGAAAAUUGCACCCUACACGUAAGCCGUUCGAUCGUUGCGCAGGAGAUACAUGCGGACAAUCGGUCUACCGUUUAUGGAUACAACUUGGAGCAUCUGCUGCAAGACACACUAACGCUCGAUAAUGCCGAUGAAAGUAAUGUUCCGAGCGCAGCGGGUCUAAAAACGUUCCGAAAUAUUACUAUUGGCCGAUUGGUUUUGCAAGACGGAGCAACGUUGAAUGGAAUACCGGUGGAGAAUUUGAGGCACAUUGUGGCUGCCGGUGAUAAUAGGACAAUCAUCAAAAACGAACCGUACCACUUCCAGAGCGACAUUACGGUAAAUCAUCUUCUGUUCGAAGGUUCCAUAAAUGGUAUACCGAAGGACGCUUUUUGCCGUGCAUGGCUAUUGUACGGUGGCAAUCAAACGUUUACGGUUGGACAAACCUUCGACCAUAUUGUUACGGACCAUCUGUACGUUUCCGGCAAGCUUAACGAAGUAACGAUGGAACAGUUGGUGGAAAAUGCUUAUCGCACUGAUAGGGAGGAGUACAUUGAGCAGGCCGUGUUUCAUCAAGGGAUCGUUACAUACGAACCAUCCACUGUUGGAGGUUUAGUGUCGGGUUUAAAUUUCUCUAGCGACAACCUGCUGAAACAGUCGCCCGAAAUGCAAACACUUGACACGAUGCACUUGUCCGGUGCACUGGACGCCAAAGGGGAAUUGCAUAUUUUGAGCCAAUUAAAUGGUAUCAAUUAUCCCAAAAUGAUGGAACUUUUUAACCCAUCGGAAAGUGGUACCGAAACGGACAGUGCACCGAUCGACAUCGACGUACACGGUAACGUGUACUUCGAGCACGAUCCAACCGUCAUCCAUCUGAACGGACAGAAUGUGCAAAAACUCUAUGGCGAGGUUUGGCUACCACAUCGUCCAACGGUACUAACUGGCCGUUAUCAUUUUGAAAGUGUUGAAUUUCAAAAAGCUCUCCAUUUGAAGGAUCAACCAGUCAAUCAUCUGCGCUGGAACGAUGUGGAGGAACGGUGCCUGAGCGGAAAGCGACCACAAAACAUUACGGCACCCAUAGAAUUUCUGGGCGAGGUGACCGUACGCGCGGGUGCCAUUUUCCAAGCUGUUCAGCUACAAGGAACCCUUAAAAGUACCGAAAGUUCUCUCGGCAUAGAUAUACAAGAAUAUGAUAAAUAUACCCUGCGGCAUCAGGAACCACAAGAAAUUAGUGGAAAAUGGCAGUUCCGUGAGGUUGAGAUACACGGAGAUUUCUAUCCGCAAACUUUAAACGGGUACAACGUAGAAACCGAUUUACUAAGAAAGGAUGUUGCCAUUGGAAACUUUACCGCUUCAAAGCGGUUCCGUGAGCUGCACGUAGAAAGCAUUGUUUGCGCUCCUCCUUGCGUGAUACAGGGUAUUGACAUGGACGAAUGGUACGCGAACGGGUUACGUUUGAGGGGCAAUCAAACCAUAGAAGGAACGCUCCACAUAAACGAUGCCAUCAUAACGGGGAACCUGGAAGUCCUGGGCACGGUGAACGGAAUGCAAUUUGAUGCCGAACACUUACUGCUGAAAUCUUUGCCGCAAAAUGUCAACGGUACUUUGCGGCUUGUGACGAAAUUUCCGAAGGAAAACGUUAUUUUUCCUCUCGUUUUUGAGUCGCUCAAUGUAACAGAAAUUAACGGCAAGGAUGUGGAACAGUUCAUGACAAACGUUGCCCUGAUAAGUCAAAAUCCGUUAAUAGUCGACAUUCCAGUUACGCUAGUCCAGCCAUUAGAGGCGGAAGAAACGAUUCUCGAAGGAGACAUGGUUUUUGGCACAAACGUUACGCAGCUUCUGCUCAGCACCUCCUAUGGGAAAAAUAUCAACGCACUAGCAUCACAGGUACGAUCGCUCAACAGUGUUAACGAUAAGCUGGCACAGAAUGUGUUCGAAAACAGUCCGGUAUUUAGCCAUUUUGACAAAAUUAAACCUUUAGCUGUACAAGCAGUACGCAUGUUUGUACUGACCGUUACGAUCCAUGCUGGACCGAUGGAGUUGGUUGUCGUACACAGUGCUGAACCCAAUAGGCCUUCAACCGUUGACUUUUACCAUUGGAGCGAUAAAAAAUCAAGCCUAGUGCCUGCCAAAUCCUUCCCUCCAAUUGUUGGCCGUGAUCGUACAAUCGUAAAUGUGAAGCGGCUGACCUUAGGCUAUCGACAGCACCUUUUUGUUGAGUUUAUGGAGCAUGGGAGCACCAAUUAUGUGCAACAAAUUUUGGAUUUGAACACUGAAACAUCAAACACGUACAAAUUCAUCCCUCUGUACUUGAUGAAUAGUACCCGAGCCCGAGAUAUCAUCUGGAUGAGAAUAGUAAAACUGGACUGUGUCGUGAUGUACACGAAAGGUAUGGUCGGUUUUGAGGUUCGUUGUUUGCGCGAACACAACCUCGUACACAUACUCGACGUACGACAAAUCGAAGAAACGGUUGUGCCGAUGCAAAUCGUGGCCCUGGAAAACCACCUCGUCGUAUUGGACAACAGAGAACGAAUUCAGGUAUGGCGUGCGACGGCUAGCUACUACCUGAAACUUCACCAAACAAUUACCGUCUCCCAUCCAUCGUACCUCACUGUGGCAAGGUAUGAAAAUCAGCUAAUGCUAGCCAUCAAUUCAGAACACACCCCGAAUACGGCACACCACGGAUCGAUCGAAAUAUGGCGCAAAGCGCUAACCGCCAAUGCUACCUUUGCGCAACACCAGCUGAUAUUGACUAAACUGCCAAAACAGCUGCAAUUUUCGGUAUUACCGUCAAACGAAAUGCUACUGUACACGCUAACGCAAAAUUGGUUGCAUCCCUUGGUAGUGUACCGAUACGAAGGAGUAACCGGAUUCAGAGAAAUACUGACGACGAAUACAAUUCGUCAAAAGGCAAAAAGAAUGUCGGUGCUUAAGAUGCGAUUGGCCCGAAAAGAGAUCGUUGCAAUUGUAGGCCCGGAGUCUACCGAUUUCGUCGAAGUUGUGUUUGUGUAA